UCAAGCAAAUCCACAAAUCCCAAUUCGAGCUCCAGCAAGUCCAAUAUCAGCUCCAGCAGACUCAGGUCCAACAGGUCCAACAUGUCCAGCUCCAGCUCCAGCAGACCCAGGUAUAGCAGACAUGGAGUCAACAGAGCUAGCAACCACUCCAAUAUCAAGUCGACCUCGAAUCUCAACAAGGACAGCAGCAGCAGGCAUGGGGCCAGUAGGGCUAGCAACCACCCCAAUCUCAAUUCGACUUCGAAUCUCAACAAAGACAGCUACAGCAGGCAUGGGGCCAGCAGAGCCAUCUGAGCCAGCAACCACUCCAAUCUCAGGUCGACCUCGAAUCUCAACAAGGACAGCAGACAUGGGGCCAGCAGAGCCAGCAGAGCCAGAACAGUCAGCAGAGCCAGCAGAGCCAGCAGAGUCGGAAGAGCCAGCAGAGUCGGCAGAGUCGGCAGAGCCAGCAACCAUCCCAACCUCAAGUCGACCUCGAAUAUCAACAAGGACAGCAGCAGCAGCGAGAUGAUACCGACCAUGUCAACCCCAUCAGGUGCUACAGAUGUGGUGAUGUCGGGCAUGGCGGCAGAAACUGCCCUGGAUGGAAAGCAAUGUUGCGGCGGCGCUCUCACUAGAGUCCGAAGCGCUAGUUUCUUCAUAUAGCCCCUAUAUCAUAAUGAAGUAGCUGUAGUUGCUCCUUUUUCUUUGAAGCGAAUAUUCAA